GGUGUCCGCUUUGCGGUAAUUUGUUAUUGAAACCCGUCUGAGGUUUGAUACAACAGGAACUGCAGAGGUUGCUGUUUUGUUUAUACCAUUAUAUUUAGAAUUAUAUACGUUUAUGUGAGUUUUAACAAUGUCACGAGCGACAGCAUCAAAGUCUAGAGCUGACAAGAAUAAAACGAAAGAUUCUGACAGAGCAGGAACUCAAUCGGCUUCCGUGCCGCCUGUCAGCAACGAUGUUGUGCCAGGACGAUUUUCAGAGUCCGACUGGUCCCACCUCAUUGAAAGGGAAGAUGGAGAAGACUUUAUUAUUGAUAUGGUGGAAGAAAUUGUUGAUCAGUCUCUUUCAGUUAUUUAUCAUAAUUAUAUACAAAAACAGUUAUUACCAUUUACCAUAACCAAGGCCAAAGAUGACAUCUUACAAGUCAUUGAGUGGCGGUUCCUUGAAAGAGAUGAGGGUGAAGGUGAGGCAGUCAACAAAGAUGUGUCAUGGCAAGAAGAGGAAGAGCCACUUCCAGCUGUACCUGACUCAUGGGCACAAGGAUCCGUACCAAGGACACUGAUACCAGUCAGAACUCCUACUCCAUCAGAACAUGACACAGAGGUCACAUCAGUAAGUUGUCUGUCUAGAGCAGGCACCAUCAAUGAUGAUGAUGAUUUCACUACGUUUAAUGAAACAUCGGCCGAUGAUCUUCUUGUUGAAGAAAAGGCAAAGCCUCAGGUUGAGACUAUUGUGGAACAGCAAGAGGAGACAUCGCCAACGCUGCAACAGGAGGUGCAAGAAGUUCCAGAAAAACCUACUGAGCAACCUGUAGCAUUCAUUCCUGAACCUCCAAAGGAACAAAAGAAGAAAAAGAAAUUCAAAUAUAAGCCUCAUCGUGGUCCACUGAAAUCUGCCGGACUAACCAGAAUGAACCAGACAUUGGACGAUGCAGAGAGAGAAAUGAACAUAGCUGAAAUCAAAUCAGAAAUGCAACAGUGUGAUGUAGAAGAAAUCAUGGCAUUUGAUCUUUUACAUAUGCCUUCAUCAUGUCACUCAAUAUUAAAGGCUCAAGCUGGAAGACCACCGGGUAACAAAGAAGUCACUUAUGAUGAGAAGGGCAAUGUGAUUGCUGUGAUGAAAAUGGACCCAGAAAGACUGCCCUCACAUAGGAUAAAAACUCAGUUUAGUAUAGUGGAUCCUGCUGUAGAAGCAGCACAUGCUAGAUUAAUAGCAAUGAGAACGGGUAGAUAUAGGGUCUCUCAAGCCAAGUCUAAGAUGACUACUAGAACCACAACAACAGUAGGAGGAGACACUAUUAAAACCAAUGCAGCCACAACUCAAAGUGUACUGACACUGGACAGUAGUAGUCUACCCCAACAUACUACUUCAUUUGAUCAGCAGGCUGUAACACCAUUGCCUCCUCCGUUGCUUGACUCAAUGGAGUUGGCUCCUGGUGUUGUUGUCAAAGAAGGUAACCGAAUUAGAAAAGGACCACGGCUUCGACCUCGUCAAGAAGACGUGGUCACAUCAGCCACUAUUAAAGCACUCCGUCCACUGGUACAUGAUGGUCCAGGUCAACGAAUCAAUGUUACUGCAAUUCUUGGCAGACAAACUCCUGUACUGAGACCCAUCCCAGCAACGGAACCUGUUCCCCCGAUAAAUCCAUACUCGCGUAUAAUAUCUAAUUGACCUGUGCCUCAGAUGUAAAUAAACUGUUCAUCUUUCUGU